AUGUUUGGCGCAUUGAAUCGCUUUAUCGGACGUCUGGACGAGGCGCCUCGGGAACCGCGGGAUCCCACUGGAGAGAGCACGUCCUUUGGCUUCCAGGUCCUGCGCAACAAGGACCCCGAACUGCCCUUGGAGCCGUGGUUUGACUUCAUUGUUGGGAUUAAUGGACAUCCUAUUGAAGACCCAGACCCGAACCUCUUUGCUACCGAAGUCCGCAACUGCGCAGGCUCGAGUGUGACCUUUGACAUCUGGAGCGCAAAGGGUCAACGAACACACACCGUCUCGAUCCCCAUCUCCCCCGCGAACCCCUCCCUCGGAGUCGCAUUGCAACUAGCUCCCCUCUCUUCGACCCAGCACAUCUGGCACGUACUCUCGAUUCCAUCUCCGCUCAGUCCAGCAUACCGCGCAGGAUUGCUUCCUCAUUCAGACUAUAUCAUCGGAACUCCCAGCGGCACAUUACGAGGCGAGUCGGCACUCGGGGAAUUAGUGGAGGACCACCUGGAUCGAACGCUCGUGCUGUGGGUGUACAAUAAUGAAUUCGACGUGGUUCGGGAAGUUGAGCUGGUACCGACUAGAGGCUGGGGUGGUGAAGGUGCAUUAGGUGCGGAGUUGGGCUACGGCGCAUUACAUCGACUACCCGUCGGGUUGGGAGAGGAAGUCGAAGGACCGGGCGAGGUGGUAUUCGAGACACGAGAGGAUGGCACUUCAACACCUGUCGCUGCUGAUCCCUUCAAUCCCAACCUGGGAGGUAUUUCUGGCGGAGGUCACUUCCUGGUCCCGGCAAAUAUGCCUGCUCCGCCGCCGUUUACCUCUCCAAACGGGAACCUGCCCCCGCCAUCAGGGAAUAAGGCGGCCGGACGUCGGAAACCGCGCCAUGCUGCAUUGUCACCCAGUCGUGGAUUUGAUGAGUACUUUGCCGAAGGAGAGCAGAAGAGUAGGGAACAGGAUUAUGCGCCGUCGAGGGGAGGGACACCAUUGCCUCCGCCGCCGAAAAUUGGACCGUCACCGUCAGAUUCCGCUAGUCCUGCACCCGCUGAGUCGGAGACGCCUGCGAGCUAG